AUGGCUUCAAGGCAAGAAGAGGAUCUUACCUGUCCUGUGUGCACAGAUAUCUUUAAAGAUCCUAUUGUCCUGUCAUGUAGUCACAGCAUCUGUAAAGUCUGUCUGCAGCAGUUCUGGGAGAACGAAGGAUCCAGAGAAUGUCCAGUCUGCAGGAGGAAAUCAUCAAAGGACUGGAUGUCCCCAAAUUUGGCACUAAGGAAGCUCUGUGAGACCUUACAAGAGAAGAUUCAGACCCAAGUGACUUGCAGUCUGCACAAAAGAAAGCUAGAGUUCUUCUGUCAAGAUGACCAGCAGCUUGUGUGUCUGAUGUGUCAAGACAAUUUACACAAAGACCACAAGUUCAGUCCCAUUGACAAAGCAGCAGUUGAUGUGAAGGAGGACCUCAUGGUCAAACUGCAGGAGAAGCUGAAGGCUUUUAAGAAGGCCAAAGACACCUGUCAUGUAUCAGCGGAGUAUAUUAAGAACUACAAGAGCACAGAGGAAAGAUUCCAGUGCACACUGCAGGAUCCAGAGAGGGUUUCAGAAGCUCUGAUCGAUGUGGCAAAGCACCUGGACAACCUGAAGGUCAAAGUCUGGGAGAAGAUGAAUGAUCUUGUUAAAUACACUCCUGUGACUCUGGAUCCCAACACUGCACACCCACUUCUCAUCCUGUCUGAGGAUCUGACCAGUGUGAGAUUAGGUGAUGAGGUGCAGCAGCUUCCUGAUAACCCAGAGAGAUUUGAUGAGUAUUACAGUGUCCUGGACUUUGAGGGCUUUAACUCAGGGACUCACUGCUGGGAUGUGGAGGUUGGGGAGAACACAAUGUGGCAUGUGGGUUUGAUGACAGAAUCUCUCCAGAGGAAGGGGGACUUUAGCUCCAUGAGUGGAUGGUGGCGUGUGGGGUAUAGUGGUGCAAAAUAUGAUACAAGGUCUUCACCACAGCCCUCCACUCUCCUCACAGUGCAGCAGAAACUCCAGAGGAUCAGAGUGCAGCUGGACUGGGACAGAGGAGAGCUGUCAUUCUCUGACCCUGAUAAUAACACACUCCUACACACUCUCACACACACUUUCACUGAGAGAGUUUUUCCAUACUUUGCUCUUGGUUGCAACGUCUCUCCCUUGAGGAUCUUACCAGUCAAAGUUUCAGUGGCCCUAAACCCUGAAGACACCAAAACUAAUGAACGAAUACUGACAACAUCAAACUAG